AGCCAUUCAACGCCAUAAUUACAUACCGAUUACUCCACCCAGCUGAAUAUUGCUGGCACAUCUUCCAGCCACCAUGUCUCGUCACAUCUGUGGCUGUUAUUAUUACCUUCCAGCUGUUCGGCAACGACAGUAUUUGCCUCAAGUGAGACUUGACGCUCAUACAACCAUCCUCUCAACUGUAUCCAGGACCGUGUUGAAACAGAAAUUCAUCAACGCAUCUAAGGAUGAUCUUGAAGAGAUCAGAUACGCAUUUCCAUUGUUCGACAGCGUCAGUGUGGUCGAAUUUGUUUGUAGAGUCGGAGAUCGCACAAUAUACGGCCUCGUGAAAGAGAGAGCCGAGGCGCGAAAGACUUACGAAGAGGCGAAAGAGCGUGGCGAGAAAGCUGCGCUUCUAGAGCAACUACCAGAUGCUGCAGAUGUCUUUACUACUUCUGUCAGCAACAUAUCAAAGAAUUCGAGCGUCGAGGUGUCCAUCACCUACAUCCAAGAGCUAAAACACGAUGCAGAAGUAGACGGUGUGCGCUUGACAGUACCCACGUCCAUAUCCCCCCGGUACGGCUCAUAUCCUGGGAAACUUAUGGAGCAAUCGGCUGUAGAUGACGCGGAAGGCAUCUCGCUGAAAAUUGACGUCUGCAUGACCGAAGGUAUCCCGAUCCAGAAAGUUAUGUCGCCUUCACAUCCGAUUGAAGUAUCCCUGGGCAGACUGUCCACAAGCACUAGCGAUGAAGUUCUGUCGUUAUCGAAAGCUUCAGCCAGUCUCGCUCUUAACACGGCACAGUUGGAGAAAGACUUCGUGCUCCAGGUUGUGGCGAAGGAUGCCGGCAUUCCUCAAGCUAUUUUGGAGACUCACCCAACGCUUCCCAACCAGCGAUCAGUGAUGACAACGCUCGUUCCGAAGUUCAAUUUAAAGUCACAGAAGCCGGAGAUCAUUUUCAUUGUCGAUCGCUCUGGAAGCAUGAGCGGCAACAUCAGUACUGUUAUAUCUGCGCUCAAGGUCUUCUUAAAAUCCAUCCCAGUUGGGUGCAUGUUCAACAUCUGCUCCUUUGGCAGCAACCACUCAUUUCUCUGGCCAUCAAGUCAGCUGUACACUCAAGAUACGCUUGCAGAAGCGAUUAAGCACGUCAGCGGAUUCAGCGCCGACUUCGGCGGAACGGAGACCUUGCGCGCGGUUGAAGCUUGCUUCAAAGCUCGCUUGACGGAGAUGCAAACCGAACUCAUGCUGCUGACAGAUGGCGACAUCUGGUACCAACAGCAGAUUUUCAGCUACAUCAACGCGCAAACCAAGUCGGGCAAUGCUCGUGUGUUUCCCAUUGGUAUCGGCGGAGGCGUUUCUAGUGCCCUCAUUGAAGGCAUCGCUCGAGCUGGUCGUGGUUUUGCACAGAUGGUGGGAAACAACGAGAAGCUCGAUAGCAAGAUCGUCCGAAUGCUCAAGGGUGCUCUCACGCCUCAUAUCAAGGACUAUCGCUUAGAGUUGAAAUAUGAUGACAACAGUGUCGACUCAGUCACAGAUAGUCUGCAUGUCAAUCUCCGAUUCGACGAUGAAACAACCAACGAAGCGACUGCGAAGCCGAUCUCGCUAUAUGACACCGAUGCUGUGGAGGAGCACCCCAAGGCCAACGAGUCUACAGACAUCUUCGCUGGCCUGCCGAAGCUUGAUCGACCCAAGAUUCUGCAAGCACCACAUGAAAUACCUCCGCUCUUUCCCUUCAAUCGGACCUGCGUUUACUUACUGCUCUCGCCUUCGGCAGCCGGUGCGACGCCUAAGAGUGUUGUGCUAAAAGGCACAUCGCCGCAAGGACCUCUUGCACUGGAAAUUCCUGUCGAGAUUCGUACUGCACCUGAUCAGAUGAUCCAUCAACUAGCUGCGCGAAAAGCAAUUCAGGAGCUUGAAGAAGGCCGAGGCUGGCUCACCGAGGCUACCAAAGAGGGAGAGAAGCCUGGCGAGAUGACGCCAAUCGGGGAGAGAUAUCCUGCGAAGACUGCUCUGCUACAGCAACGCGAAGCCGUCCGACUUGGUGUUGAGUUUCAAGUCGGCAGUAAAUAUUGCUCUUUUGUCGCGGUGGAAGCUAACGAGGCUGAGAUCGCGAAGAAGCGUCAGCAAGCUAUUGAUCGCUGUAUGAGCAGCGGUUCUGAUAAAGAGGCCGAUGACUGGGAUCUUGUUGAUGACACUUCUGAUGGCUUGGAAAGCGGGUAUCCAACUAAAGAAGGUAUGCGAAUCCCUCUCCCUACCCCAGCUGGCUUAGCACAAGCACACGGUAUAGUACAUGCUUCAGCCGGAAGGCCGGGGUUACGUCUCGCGGAAUCGAAAACCAGGGAUAUGUCGUCGUACUAUGGGGAUGCGAAGAGGGUCAUGUCGCCAGAGAGGAGAGCGAGAAAGGCCGAGAGGUCGCGCAUAAUGGCCGCCGCGAUGUCAGCUCCGAUUGGACUCAGAGAACCACCAUCCAUCUCCGCCGCACAUACUAUGCCUCCGUCGCAAAGAGCCCGCGUUGUUAAAGACCUUUUCGGUAGCACUACUCAGCCCGAAGCUGUCGAGUCCAAGCUACCCUCAGGAUCCAACAAAUCAUAUAAGGGGGCUGAGGCGGAGGAGGAAGAGGAAGAGGAUGAUCAGGAUGAAGAUAUGGGCUUCGAUCUUUUCGAUGGUGGUACCCCGCCCCCCUCAGUCGGAGGUGGCAGUGGUGGGGCGCGAUUCCUCAAGAGUACUGCAUCUUCUGACAGCGGAAACCAUACUGCAAACCGUUUCAUUGGAGGCAACGUAUCAUCUUCGAAAACCAAGGACAACGACUCAUCUUUUGGAAAUGAGGACGAAAUUGAUAUUGUUGACAAGGGCACCUUGCUCGAGACCAUCGUUGCUGAGCAAUCCUUCGAGGGCUCCUGGGCAUCCAUCAGUAUGUCAUUGCGGAAGAAAAUGGGCAUCAACUCUGGGGUUUACAGCAAGGGCGUCGACAACCUUGUAACAUCUGAGUACUCGCUUGAUCGUGGAUUGGCCGAGGCUGCUUUAAGCACAGCAAUUGUUGUUGUGUACCUCAGGGAGAAGCUAGCCGACGAGGAGGAAACAUGGGAGCUGAUUGUAGAGAAGGCCGAAUCGUGGCUGAUGGACAGAUUAGACGAGGGGACGUGGAAAGCGGCGUGGGCCACCGCUACAGGCAUUGUGAAGGCGUAGCGCCACUGAAAAAGGUUGAUCGAUUUUCUUACCGAGUGUGGUAUUUCGCGAGACACAGCAGCUAGGGCAAGAGCUCGGAUGCCUUCGAGAAGGACCCUAGUAAUGGUGUCCGAGUUUGCUGCGCAUGCACUGUAAUAUCUUUUCAUGAGCACGAAGUGUGAUUAAGAGAUGAAAGUUUGGUUGUUCCAAGCCUCACGCACACAGAACUUACCCACUAUGUGUAGUGGCGUUCAACACCGUGGACGCUUUGAGUGCUUGGAAAAUGGCCAACC